UAAAUAAGGAAACCAAAACAGAGAAAAAAAACAAAUACAGAGCUGCAUUAACCGAAAUUAACAUGGGAUUGUGUUUCUCAGAGAAGGAGAACCAUGUUGUGGUGGAAAGAGCCGACACUGAGACCACCCUCCGUGCCAUGGUGCUGGGUUCCAACGUGGUGUUUCCCGCGGUUCUAAACGCUGCAAUUGAGCUCAACGUGUUUGACAUAAUUGCGAAGGAAGGUUCAGCGGAGAGUGGUGGGUUCAUGUCACCCUCUGAAAUCGCUUCCAAGUUAUUGAUACCAACACAGCAACAACACCGCCGUUAUUUGGCCAAUCGACUGGAGCGUUUGUUGCGAUUGCUUGCUAGCUACUCUCUUCUCACUGUUUCUUCUCGCAGCGACGGAGAUGGUGGCAGCGUUAGAGUAUAUGGAGUUUCCGCAUCGGGUAAAUACUUCGUGCGUGAUGAAAAUGGUGAUGGUUACCUCGCUUCUUUCACUUCGUUUCUGUGUCACCCUGCAUUAUCAGGGGUGUGGCUGAAUUUUAAGGAGGUGGUUAUUGAUCCUGAGAUUGACCUAUUCAAGAAGGUUCAUGGAAUGUCCAAGUUCGAAUACUUUGGGAAAUAUCCUGAAAUAAACCACGUAUUUAACACAGCAAUGUAUGACAUUUGCACCACCCACAUGAAAAAAAUACUCGAAGUAUACACAGGAUACGAGGGCAUAUCAAUUUUGGUUGAUGUAGGAGGUGGAACUGGACAGUGCCUCAAAAUGAUCAUCUCCAAAUACCCUUCAAUUAAGGGAAUUAAUUUUGACCUCCCACAUGUAAUUGAAAACUCAUCACCCAUUCCAGGGGUUGAGCAUGUUGGGGGGAAUAUGUUUGAAGGUGUUCCACAGGGUGACGCAAUUAUGCUUAAGGCUGUAACCCAUAAUUGGUCCGAUGAAAAAGUCAUAGAACUUUUGAGCAAUUGUCACAAAGCUUUGCCACCAAAGGGAAAGGUCAUUGUUGGGGAUUUCAUACUGCCAGAACAUCCAGAACCCACAAAUGAACAUAAAAUGAUUUCAAUUCUUGAUAGCAUCAUGUUUAUUACUCCUGGUGGAAGGGAAAGAACUGAGAAAGAAUUUGAUAGUCUGGGCAAGAGUUCUGGAUUUUCUAGGUUUGAAGUUGUCUGUCGAGCUUUCUCUACAAUGGCGGUGAUGGAAUUUUACAAAUAAGUAAACCAUGUCAGUAAUAAUUUGGCAGUUUAAAUUCGAAUAAAGGGAACAUGAAUUUCCUUAUGCCACUAUUGUACCAAAUAGUGAGUAAAAAAAAUAUCUUUUGAUA